AUAGAAGACAUGCAGUGGGGUAAAGGAGUCCGGAAGAUCCCCCCUUCAGUGUGCACACUACCAUGUAAGCCGGGGCAAAGAAAGAAGACACAGAAGGGGACACCUUGCUGCUGGACCUGUGAGCCUUGCGAUGGUUACCAGUAUCAAUUUGAUGAGAUGACAUGUCAGCAUUGUCCCUAUGACCAGCGGCCCAAUGAAAAUCGAACCGGCUGCCAGGAUAUCCCCAUCAUCAAACUGGAGUGGCACUCCCCCUGGGCUGUGAUCCCUGUCUUCCUGGCAAUGUUGGGGAUCAUUGCCACCAUCUUCGUCAUGGCUACCUUCAUCCGCUACAAUGACACGCCUAUUGUCCGGGCAUCCGGGCGGGAACUCAGCUACGUUCUUUUGACAGGCAUCUUUCUUUGCUACAUCAUCACUUUCCUGAUGAUUGCCAAACCUGAUGUGGCAGUGUGUUCGUUUCGGCGUGUCUUCUUGGGCUUGGGUAUGUGCAUCAGUUACGCAGCCCUCUUGACAAAGACAAAUCGGAUUUAUCGCAUAUUUGAACAGGGCAAGAAAUCAGUGACAGCUCCCAGACUUAUAAGUCCAACAUCACAACUGGCAAUUACUUCUAGUUUAAUAUCAGUUCAGCUUCUAGGUGUUUUCAUUUGGUUUGGUGUUGACCCACCCAACAUCAUCAUAGACUAUGACGAACAUAAAACAAUGAACCCUGAGCAGGCCAGAGGAGUUCUCAAAUGUGACAUUACAGAUCUCCAAAUCAUAUGCUCCUUGGGAUAUAGCAUUCUUCUCAUGGUCACAUGUACUGUUUAUGCCAUCAAGACUCGGGGUGUACCAGAGAAUUUUAAUGAAGCCAAGCCCAUUGGAUUUACUAUGUACACGACAUGUAUAGUAUGGCUUGCCUUCAUUCCCAUUUUUUUUGGCACCGCUCAAUCAGCGGAAAAG